GGCCGGAGUGCAGGCCGCGACCCCAACCUGGGCCCAACGUAACCGACGAGGUAACCGAGGCCGAGAGGAGUGAAGCGGCCGGCCCCGGGCCCCACGGCGGACGCGGGAUUAGAACCCGGGCCCGGGGUCUCUCCGCUAAAGCCCGCCGCUUCCCGAGGACGGUCGAGCGCGACGAGGGCAGGCCCCCGGGCGGGCGCCCGAGCGAGCGGCCCGGGGCCAUGGCGGCCCCGGCCUCGGAGUCCGUCCACUACAUCCACCUGCAGAACUUCUCCAAGUCGCUGCUGGAGACGCUGAACGGGCAGCGGCUGGGCGGCCACUUCUGCGACGUGACGGUGCACAUCCAGGGCGCAUCCCUGCGGGCCCACCGCUGCGUGCUGGCCGCCGGCUCGCCCUUCUUCCACGACAAGCUGCUGCUGGGCUACUCGGAGAUCGAGGUGCCCCCCGUGGUGCCCGCCCAGGCCGUGCAGCAGCUGGUGGAGUUCAUGUACAGCGGCUCGCUGGUGGUGGCCCAGUCGGAGGCCCUGCAGACGCUGACGGCCGCCUCCAUCCUGCAGAUCAAGACCGUCAUCGACGAGUGCACCCAGAUCAUCUCCCAGAGCCGCGGCCCCGCCAAGCCCCCCGCCCCGCCGGCCCCGCGGGGGCCCCCCCGCCCGGGCCCCGAGCCCCCCAAGGACCCCGCCGCCCCGGCGCUGGACCUCCCCGCCCUCCUGGACCCCGGCCCCAAGCUGGCGUGCGGCGGCGCGGAGCUGCGCUACAAGCUGAGGGACCUGCUGGCCGGGCCGCCGAGGGAGCGGGGGGCCGCCGACGGCGGGGACGGGGACGGGGCCUUCGCCGGGGGCCCCCAGCCCGAGGCCCCCCACAGCUGCCACAGCCGGAAGCAGCGCCAGCCCGUGCGCCUGCAGCUGGCGGACGCCCUGCCCGUGCCCGCGGGGGCCGGGGACGGCGGGGCCCCCGCCCUGGGCUGCUACGGGGACUGCGGCGGGGGCGGCGGCGGGGGCUUCUUCGGGGACGGGGCCCUGAAGGACGGGGCCGGGCGGAAGGAGGCCCUGGAGUUCCCGCCGCCCGCGCCGCCCCCGCCGCCCCCGGAGGCCCAGGACUUCUUCCCGGGCCCCGACGUCUUCUCGGAGACCUUCAUCCCGGCCUGGCAGAGCGAGGACGGGGGCGAGGCCGGGGCCCGGGACCCCCCGCCCGAGGGCGACAAGUACCGGACCGACUGCAGCCUGGACCCCUCCGGCCUGCGGGCCCCGGCCUUCGGCCCCCGCCCCGCGCCCCCCGAGCCCCGCGGCCUGGCCUUCGUGGCCCCGCCGGGCGUCAAGGGGCCGCCGGGCGGACCCGGGGCCGCCGCCACCGCCGCCGCCUUGUUUCCCUUCCACCUGCCGCCCCCGCAGCCGCCCGGCUUCUACGGCGUCCAGCCCGAGACGUCCUCGUCGGCCUCGGCCACCGUCGCCGGCCCCCGGCCCGCCCCGGCCCGGCCCCCGGACCCGUCCUACGAGUGCAGCCACUGCCAGAAAACCUUCAGCUCCCGCAAGAACUACACCAAGCACAUGUUCAUCCACUCCGGGGAGAAGCCGCACCAGUGCAGCGUGUGUUGGCGGUCGUUCUCGCUGCGCGACUACCUGCUGAAGCACAUGGUGACGCACACGGGGGUGCGGGCCUUCCAGUGCUCCGUCUGCUGCAAGCGCUUCACCCAGAAGAGCUCGCUGAACGUGCACAUGCGCACCCACCGCCCCGAACGCGCCCAGUGCCGCCUCUGCUCCAAGGUCUUCUCCCACCGCACGCUGCUCGACAGGCACCUGGCCUCCCACCCGCCCCCGCCCUGACCGCGCCGGACGCCUGCCCUCCCGUCGCCGGGGUGAAACUCCGUCCCUCCGCCCGCUCAGGGGCUCUCCCCGGUCCUCGAGACCCCGCCGGCCCCUCCGCCACGCGCUUUAACCAGGCGUUUUGAGGUGGGGGGAGAAACUGAGGCCCCAGAGGGUCGACGGCUGGCUCGGGACCCGGGUGUCGCCCUCUGUCUCGUUCGCCGGGGAGGGCAUUAAAGAGGAAGGACUCACGGCGCCGUGGGCGUGUUAUGUCGAGGGGAAGGGGGCCGAGGCCUAGAAGGACCCCCGUCCUCCCCAUCUCCCCCGACCGGCCCCCCGAGGAUCGGAAAACCGGGGCCGGGGCCACCCGGGAGCCCGCGAGGCCCUGGAGGUCGGUGGCGUCGGGUCUCGGGGUCCCACGGGGGGCUCCCAGUCUUCAUCCCCGUUUUCCAGAUGAGGGAACCGAGGCCCAGAGAAGUGAGGUGGCUCGCCCAAAGAGGGGGUCCCGGAUCCCCCCCGGGGGCAGGGCCGGAGGGGAGCCCUCCGUUCCCUCAUCUGUAAAAUGGGGAUUAAGACGCGGGAGAACCCGAUU